CGCCGUCUCCGCCGUCGCUUGGGCAGCCGCCGCGGUGGGUCGCCUCGGGCAGCGCCGCUCGCUCGCAGGCCGUCGCCUCCCGUCCCGACAUCCCGUCCGGAGGAGGUAGAGGCUGAAGCGCGGCUGGCGGCGGGGAACGGUCCGGCCCCGCAGCGGCGCGGCCGGCGGCAGUGACAGCCCGGCCCCGGCCCGCCGCCCGCCUUCGCCCUCCCCCUCGCUCUCGGCGCCUGCAGCCACGAUGAACCGGGGCGGCAGCAGCCCGUCGGCCGCCGCUAACUACCUGCUCUGUACCAACUGCCGGAAAGUGCUGCGGAAGGAUAAAAGAGUCAGAGUAUCUCAACCCUUGACAAGAGGACCAAGUGCCUUUAUUCCAGAGAAGGAGGUUGUCCAAGCAAACACAGUGGAUGAACGUACUAACUUUCUUGUGGAAGAAUACUCUACGUCUGGUCGUCUGGACAACAUCACACAGGUCAUGAGUUUACACACUCAGUACCUGGAGUCUUUCUUGCGGAGCCAGUUUUACAUGUUGCGCAUGGAUGGUCCCCUUCCUCUACCAGACAGGCACUACAUUGCAAUAAUGGCUGCAGCUAGACAUCAGUGUUCUUACUUAAUAAACAUGCAUGUGGAUGAAUUUUUAAAGACUGGAGGUAUUGCUGAAUGGUUGAAUGGUUUGGAAUAUGUACCCCAAAGACUGAAAAAUCUUAAUGAAAUAAAUAAACUGCUAGCACACCGACCCUGGCUGAUCACGAAAGAGCACAUUCAGAAACUUGUCAAAACUGGAGAAAAUAAUUGGUCUCUGCCUGAACUGGUACAUGCUGUGGUCCUACUGACACAUUACCAUGCUUUGGCAAGCUUUGUUUUUGGUAGUGGCAUCAAUCCAGAGAGAGAUCCAGAAAUUUCCAAUGGAUUCAGGCUAAUAUCAGUCAACAAUUUCUGUGUUUGUGAUCUUGCUAAUGACAACAAUAUAGAGAAUGCAUCACUUGCAGGCAGCAACUUUGGGAUUGUAGAUUCUCUAACUGAGCUAGAGGCCUUAAUGGAAAGGAUGAAAAGGCUUCAGGAAGAAAGGGAAGAUGAAGACGCAUCUCAGGAAGAAAUGACCACUCGUUUUGAGAAGGAGAAGAAAGAAAGUCUUUUUGUGGUCUCUGGAGAUACUUUUCAUUCAUUUCCUUAUUCAGAUUUUGAAGAUGACAUGAUUAUAACAUCUGAUGUAUCUCGAUAUAUUGAGGACCCUGGUUUUGGGUAUGAAGACUUUGCCAGAAGAGGAGAAGAGCAUUUGCCAACAUUCCGAGCUCAGGAUUAUACCUGGGAAAAUCAUGGGUUCUCCCUGGUAAACAGACUUUACUCUGACAUUGGACAUCUUCUUGAUGAAAAGUUUCGGAUGGUCUACAAUCUCACCUAUAACACUAUGGCCACCCAUGAGGAUGUUGACACAACCAUGCUGCGCAGAGCUUUAUUUAACUAUGUUCACUGUAUGUUUGGAAUCAGGUAUGAUGACUAUGAUUAUGGAGAAGUUAAUCAAUUACUUGAACGAAGCCUGAAGGUUUACAUUAAGACAGUGACCUGCUAUCCUGAGAGGACUACAAAACGCAUGUAUGAUAGUUACUGGCGGCAAUUCAAACACUCAGAAAAGGUUCACGUAAAUCUACUUUUAAUGGAAGCACGGAUGCAAGCUGAACUUCUUUAUGCUCUUCGUGCCAUAACUCGGCAUUUGACCUGAAGCAUCACCCAGGGAAAAUGUCAUAUAUGUGUAAAGACCUUUUCACAUAAGAUAUACAUCAAAAGCUGUCUGUGAUAUAGCAUCAAAAAUUAUUCAGUUCUCUAGUGUCAAAGUUUAGCUGUUUUUUGGUUUUUUGUUUUUUAUUUUUUUUGCGGCUGUAAUGUGCAAUGAUGUGUUUUAUUUUUCUUGAUGCUUAACAUUACUAACAAUUGCAAAAAUAAUACUGAGGAGCACUACCUUGCUUUGUUUAUAGUUGGAUUUUCGGAUACUGAUCAUAAAUCAUAAACCUGGUUUGUUAAUGCUUAACUUCAGCGCUUUGGGGUUUGUGUGUAUGUGUAUUUUUUCUUUACCUUUUUUAAAAAAAAAUAAGGAAAGGCGCUUACAACCUGCUCAAGCAUUUUUCAGACAUUGGCAUUCAGCAAAGAAUGACCUCCUCUGGCCAUUCUAAAAUUUUAAUGUUGUGUCCUAAAUCUGGUGGAGGAAAAGCAUGCGCUGUUGAACCAAGCUGCUCACUGGACACAUAUUUGUGUCCUCAAGAGAUUAUUUGUCAGGCACUGUUUUGUUUGUUUGUUUUGUUCAUUUUUUUUUUUUUUUUACUGCUAUUGGCGAUAACGUGAAAUGUGAUACAGUCAUUGUCCAUAAUUUAAUGUGAAAUUAAUCAUAAUGAAUUCUAUAGCAUGCUACUGAAAUGCCAAAUUCAGCUAUUUUCUUUCUGUUCUAAAAUGGAAGUUUCAGUUGUUCAUAUCAGUUGUAUAUAUUAAAAGUGAAAUUAUGCACAUCCUUUCUAUCACUGAUAGUAAUCCUCAGUCAUCUUAAAUAAUCAGUGCUCACAGUGCUGCUUAUGGUCCAUUUAGUUGGCACAUAUAAACCUGUACCCACACAAGACUGACCAAAAAUUUUCUUUGCACAUUUUUCCUUUCUCAUAGUUCUUUUCUAUAUUCUAGUAAGCAGUGGAAGGUUACUAUGCCUAUAUUUUUUCCCAUUAGGCUUUUAGAAAUAAUUCUCCAUGUUUUUCUUAUAAUAGGAUAAACAGUUUAUUAUUCAAAGGAAAAAAAUUGUGUUUCUAUGCAUUAAUGUGAUUGAACAACAACAAAAAAAGAGUGCAAUAUGUUCAAAAAAAUUCUCAACUUUCCCCCUGUCAUGUCACUGUGGAAGUGUCCUUUUAAACAGAGCCAUAAAGAAAUUUUGUUCAAAUUUCUUUAUUGCACAAGGUUUUUUUCAGUUUUACCUUACUGGGGUUGAACAAUGUUCUUUUUAUAAUGCCAAAGCAUUCCGUUCCCCAGAAAAAUCUCUUUGGACAGCUGGUUAAAAAAAGAUAUCAAGUCAGAGGGGAGGAAUAAGUGGCCAAAAAGUCACAUUUUUGCAUUGGUUUGUGUUGCUUGGUUAGACUAUCUUCAGAGAGCACAACAUUAUGUGUUUAUAGCUUUAAUUUGUAUUAUGUUAAUGAACCAGUGAAGUGCCUAAAGAGAUGCUUACAACUAUCCAGUAGGACACAACUGUACUGCUUAAACACUUUUUGGUUAAUUAAGGGUGACUUGAAUUUUACACAUACGUGCUAAUUUUAAAAAACAUAUAUGUAAAUUUUUUCAUAGUAAAAAAUAUAGUUAAAAUUUUCCAUUAUAGUUCCCACAAAGAUUUCAUUUUAAACUUACUCGUUAUAUAGGACUUUUUUCUCUCAUCAUGAAAGGAUCGUGGACUAGCAUUUUAUUUGAUCAGUUUCCCCUUCCAUUUAUCAUCCUGUUCUGGUACAUUAGGUUGCUUUUCUUCGAAUUUUGUUCCAGAUAAGAAAACAAAGAUGACUGUAAACCUAUUAACAUAAGGCAGUUCUACAUUUUUAGGUUCCAGGAUCUUGUUUGAAAUCUUCCAUGUGAGGAAAAAAUUACUAAUAUUUUUGAAGACAGGGUGGUUUAUUUAAAGAGGUUAUACAAAGAACUCAUGCUAGGUCUCUUCUGUUUUGUUUAUUGCAUAUGUGAUAUGUUGAUUUUGUUCAAUAUCACAUUAUUAGAUAUGUAUUAACCACAAAGAAAGUAUUUAGGAGAGUGGCAAAACAGAUGGCAACAUGUGUCCAUUUGACUUCCCUAACUUCAGAAC